AUGCCGCCAUUACAGUUCAGCAAAAGCUUCCUGUCAUCAGCUGUCUUUCUAGGCGUCGCUAUCAGCACUCCAGACUUGUUUCAUGCCGAAAGGCAAAGUUUUGCGGCCCAGGCACAAAGGAUCGAUCAAAGGGCCUUUAAUGUUCUCCCGACUGUUCCUCCACCGUCAGAAUAUGGAGGUUUCAUUGCUUGGAUUCCAUUCGCACCACCAAAUGCGACAAUAGAGUCUCUAGUUGCCCGGCCCUUUCACAUCUACAGCAAGGAGUUCGAGGAUAUUAUUGGGCCCAACCCAACCUUGACGCUGCUGAACCACACCGAUGGCGACCCCUUGUUUCACGAGGCUCCAGUGUGGAAUCCAUCCACAGAUGAAAUGUUCUUUUGUCAGAAUGCAGGUGCGCCAGCUGCCGGAACAGGGAUGCAAAAAUCAGCCAUCAUUCAGAAGAUCAAAUUGUCUGCCAUCACAGGGGCUAUCACCAGCCAGAGAAAUGCCAGCGGAUCUGUUCAGAUUGAGGAUGUGACUGCGGCUGACGGAGCCAAGGUUAUGAACCCGAACGGGGGCACAAACUACAAGAACAAGUUGCUCUUUGUCGGACAAGGAAAGGGGGAGAACAUUCCUCCUGCCAUUUACCUUAUGAAUCCAGAGCCUCCUUAUGAUACAAAAGUCAUGCUGAACAACUACUUUGGUCGGCAAUUCAAUUCCAUCAACGACGCCUCAGUCAACCCCCGAAAUGGUGACAUCUAUUUCACCGACCCUACCUACGGAUUCGUUCAAGAUUUUCGGCCUGCACCCGGCUUUCCAAAGCAGGUGUGGCGUUUCAAUGAGGCUACUGGGGCUGUCACUGUGGUGGCGGAUGGAUUCAGCAUGCCAAACGGCAUUCAAUUCUCACCAUCGGGGUCACAUCUUUAUGUGACCGACAGCGGGGUAGCGCAGGCUUUCAGAGGGAUGGAGUAUAACAAUCCUUCCACGAUUUACCGAUUUGAUGUCUCCAGGGAUGGGACCUUGUCCAACAGACAAACCUUUGCGUUUAUCACACCUGGUAUACCAGAUGGGAUCAAUGUGGAUACAAAGGGCAAUGUCUACGUGGGCUGUGCAGAUGGCGUGCAAGUUUAUAGUCCAUCAGGGAAGUUGAUUGGAAAGAUAUUCCUGGGCAAGGGAGUGGCCAACUUUCAGUUCGCGGGGAAGGGAAGGAUGGUGCUGUUGGCGGAGACGGAGUUGUACUUUGUGGGCGGGUUGAAAGCUGAGGGUGCUUUUCCGGGGAGGUUGUAUUAG